AUGGCCCUGGCUCUGCGGCCGCAGCGCGCUGCCGCCGAAGCCCCUGGCGCCGUGCUGCUACGCCACGCGGACCUGUCCUACCAGGCCUUCUUGCACCAGGCAGGCUGGGGCGCCUCUGGCGGCGUGGAGGCCGCGGAGGCGGCCGCCCCUGCCACGGCCGCGGCCACAGAGGCGGGCUUGGCCCGCGAGGCGCUGCUCCGGGCCACGACCUGCCUGCGCGAGCCGCAGCGGCGAGGGCUGGCGGCGCUGCGACUGGCCAGCGGCCACGCUGUCAUGGAGGAGGCGUUCUGGAGUGAACUCCUCCCCGGUGGCUAUGUGGCCGUCUUCUACGGAGACGACACCGCGUGGCAUGAGAGACUGCUGUUGGGCCAAGUAGAUGCCCAGCACUGGGCGAUAGAGACGCCCGACCGUGACAUGCACAUCGAGAACAUCGCUUGCACCGGUCCCGAGGACGGCCCCUGCCGCGCCGUGGUGCUGGAUGACAGUGGAGCCCUGCCUGUUUUCUUGCGGGGUCGUACCCACCGUUUCAGGGAGCACCUGGGGGAGGAGGACUUGCUGGAGCGCAUGCGGGAGGCAGGGCAGCUGGCAGUCGAGACGGGCUAUGACAAGCCCACGCACACGAUGUACCUGGACUCCCUGGGCGAGCGCAGGCCGCUGCCCGCGGCUGGGGCUACGGAGCGGCGCCGCCGCAAGGGCUUGCCGGCGCCGCCGCCUUCGGAGCCGCCCCCAGCUAUCGGGGAGGGAGCCGCCGGGUGGCCGGCAGGCGGCCGGCCCGCCGCCGACGCCGUCAGCGGGGUGAUCCCGGAGGAGGAGGUGGACGGCACCUCAACGCCCCCCGCCCUGGAUGGCAGUGGGGAGGCCGCGAGGGGUGCGACGCGCUGGGCACCCAUGGAGACGCUGGGCUUCGCCGAGCAGGGCGACGUGGUAGAAUUGACGGACGGCGACAAGGUGAUGGGCGAGAGGGCACUUCACCGGCUCCCAGACGGCCGGGUCGCCACCGCCCGUCCGGCCUCCAGUCUGGUCUCAGACCAGGGGGCACGCGGGGCUGGGGAUGGAGCUGAUGCCCGCGCACGGUCGCCGGCGGUCUGUGGUCCAGGAGGGAAGUGGGCCAUGGAGCAGCGCAUCGGGUCUGACUCCACGGCCUUCCUAAUGCACGACCUGGCGAGGUUGGCGCUGGACUCCACGGCGUGCUACGACCAGUGCGACGGCGGCAACCCUGCCAGCGCGAAGGUGCUGACGCGGCUGCACCAACUGGCGAAGGAGACCAGCGGGGCGCUGCAGCGGGAGGGGGACGAGCACUACCUGGGCCGCGACAGGACCGGAGGUCCGCGUCUUGGCGAGGUGCCCAACCCAUCGCUGGCGCAGUGUGCGACGGGGAGGAAGAGCAAGGAGACGGAGAUGAAGAAGCAGCGGCGGGAGGCUCAUGAAGAGGAGGAGGCCGCGAAGAAGAACAUGGGAGUCCAGGAGGCCGCGUGCGACACAAUUCGCGCGAUCAACCGUCUGGCAGGAUUCGAGACGCCCGAGGUGGAGUCCGUCACCGAUUUGAGUGGCCCCUCCGCCAAGGUCUACAGUGACGUGCGGCCGCUGCACUCGGACCACGCCCCUGCGCCGGGGAAUUCAUUUACUCCGAAGGAAGCCUUCGAUGAGAUUAUCGGGAGCGCGCCCUCGUCCUACACUGAUGGUGACGAGACUUCCCCCGUUCGGCCCUACUCGCGCGACUUGGUCAGCUGGCCGGCCAAAGGUAACGUGCCUGUGCCACUGGCCACCAACGCGCCGCUGGACAUGCCUCAGUACCUCACAGAGGGCCAGCGCGACGUGCGGGCGCGGCAGCCGCGCGAGGUGCAGCAGGUGAGGCAGGACGAGGGCCUGCCUACAUUGUAUGGCGAUACCAUUUUGAAGGAGGACCGGAGCGCCUACAUUGGCUUCAUCAGGGACGGCCUCGCCCGCGGGAUCUUCCGCCUGGCGCGUCGUCGGAAGGAGGCAAUCAAGAUAUUCUUCGUCAAGAAGAAGGACGGCAAGAUCCGCAUCGUAGUGGACUGCCGUCGCAGCAACCAGCAUUUUGUGGACGCGCCCAAGGUGCACCUCUUCUCUGGCAGCAGUUUCGCCGAUGUGGAGGUCCCCGAGGGUCGUCAGCUUUUCUAUGCAGGGGGAGACGUGCAGAACGCGUUCUACCAGCACCGUAUGCCCGCUUGGCUGCAGCCCUACUUCGGGCUGGACAAGGUGAGGGCGAGCGAGGUCGGCAUCACGCAGUUGGACGGGCAGUACCUGGCGGGGGACACCAUGCUCUACCCCUUGAUGAACGUGGUUCCCAUGGGCUGGAAGUGGGCCCUAUACAUAGUUCAGCGCAUUCAUGAACACGUGCUUGAUGGUGUGCCUGAGUUGGGACCGCGACGUCGAGCGGUCGACUUUCGCCCUCCGCCCUUGCCUGAGGAGGGCGCGCUGCACACGGUCUACGUGGACAACGUGCUGAUCGAGGGCCACGACAAGGAUGAGGUGACGCGGCUGCGCCGAGUAGCGUGUGGGGCGCUGCAGGCGGCGGGCUACGCCACCCAUGACGAGUCGGACGCAGCUGAGAGCAUGGAGAUGUUGGGCGUCGCGCAGCAAGGGCAGCCUUGCCGGGUGGCCGUUGCCGCCAAGCGGUACUGGAGGCUCUGGAAGGCGCUGGAGUGGUGGCGGUUCAAGAAUGACGAGGACCCAGCAGGGUUCAACCCGCGUGCCAACGGGUUGAAGGACGUCUCGGUGCUCGGGGCUGGAGUCUGGGAGGAUAAGGAGGUCGAUUUCAGCAACGUCUACGUUAAUAGGGAGUUCCCUGAGGUGCCCGCAAGUGUGGUUGAGGCUACGUCGUGGUCCGUCGAGCGUUUCCAGCCCGUCUUCACGUAUGAGCCGAUACAUGUCACCGAGAUGCGAGAUCGCAAUCAGCAGGCGACAGGCCAGCCGAUGGAGCCUGGCAGAUCGAGCGAGACGCAGAGGGACAAAAGGCAGAAGACCGGCCUGAACGUGUCGAGCUUGGUCGGGGCCAACCAACGAGCACCUGGACACCUGAUCUUGGGCCUGCUGGAACUCGAGGGGGCCGAGCGCGGGAAGGAGCUGAAGCGGCAGCAGAGGCGAGCCGCGGGGCGACUGGCAACCCAGGGGGAGCUGCGGGACACGACAGAGGACCCCGGCACUACCGAGGAGGCCUCGCUGACGCUGAAGACCCGAGGUCAGUGCAGGCGACUGCUCUCGGAUUUCCGGACGACGCUGCGCGUCGUGAACCUCAGCCUGCGCCCCGCGGAGCUGGACGCUCACGUGGUCUGCUACUUCGAUCGGCUUCUUCUCGAGGGCAAGGCGCCUUCGACUGGAGAAAGGCUCAUCGCAGCAAUACACUACGUGGAGCCUGUGUACAACACCAAGGGGAUGAUGAGCCUGCCCAGAACAAAGUGGUCAUUGCGGGGUUGGCGUCGUUUGGUGCCGAAGGGGGCCCGCCGACCCCCGCCGUGGGAGGCGGUCGCCGCGAUCGCGGUGAACCUGCUGCGCAUGGAGGGGAUGGACGUGGCGCUCGCCUGGCUGCUGAUGGUGGACACCUACACGCGGCCGGGAAAGUGCCUGGACACCAGGGCCUCCCAGGUGCUCAGGGCGACGUCGCAGCGGCACCUGACGUUGGCCGCCAUCCUGCCGCCCCUCGUGAGUCGCUCCUGGCUGUCAGACAUACUGAUGAGGUACGUGGACGCCUGCCCCAGCACGGAGCCCUUGUGGGACUUCAGCCUGGAGCAGAUGAACACGAACUUCAUCACCGUAUGCGCGGUGCUGGGGUACCGGAAGCCCGCGCUGUACAUGGGAGGGCACUCCAGUGCCAGCAUGGAUCGACUCCGCAACCGACUCGACCUCGCAAAAGUGCAACGUCGGGGGAGAUGGACGAGCAUGGCUUCGGUCGGGAGGCACAGGAAAAGGGCCAAAAUGCAGGACGUCUACAACAAGCUAGACCAGCGCAGUCGCCUGAUGUGCACCAGAUGCUCGUUCGACCUCGAGGCAGCCAAGCUCAGAGCCGGCCGACGGCUCCGCGCGCACCUGCACGUGCCGCCAGGAGAGGCUUCUUUGUGA